CGAGGUGUUGCGAAACUUCGUGUAAACAGCAGAACCUGAAGAGCAAAGUAGGAAGCUGGAGAAGGUAACGAUUUCGCAUGUCCGAGCGGAUGUCUGCGUGUUUCUCCUGCGCUGGAACGUGCUCAUUUCCGUCCGGCACGAGCGCAAAUGGAAUUCCCUUGUUUGCACUCGGGAAGUUUACCGCAUCACGCAAACACGCGCACACACACGCAAACACGCGCACACACACGCACACACACACAGACACACACACAGACACACAACGCGGAACAAGAUUAAUCCAGGAGAUGAAGAGGAGAACAGUUUCGAUAAGACGGAACACCUAAGGAUGGAGGAUGUGUUCUGCUACAUAUUUAUGUCUUAACUUCAAGAGUGAGAGAAAAUGAGAAGCUGGUGAAGAAAUUGCUGUUUAUAGCUGCUAUAAUAGUCUCAGCAUGACGAGCAGACCCAGUUUUAUUCUGCCACUUCUUCAAAUAUGGAUCUCUCUUCUUGUGGUAGAAUCUACUUCAGAAUGCUUCAUUAAAGAUGAUAAAGCCUACUGUGUUCUGAGAAACCUGGACAAGGUGCCGGUUUUGCCUCCUAACAUAACUUAUUUGGAUCUGAGUUUAAAUGCCAUUAGUGAAAUCCAUGAGAAAUCCUUUUAUGGUUUGGAAAAGCUACAGAUUCUUAUAAUCCAGCAACAGGAAGUGAGGCUUGUCUUGAGGAAUAAUGCCUUUAGUGGACUGUCCAAUCUGAUAAAACUGGAUCUGGCUUACAACACCAACCUACGAGUGGAUCCAGGAGCAUUCCAUGGAUUAUUCAACCUUCAGAUACUCGAUCUUUCAGAGUGCAAGUUAUAUGACUCUAUUCUUUCAGGAGACUACCUGAGACCUCUGGUGUCUCUGGAGCAGCUUUCACUACCUGGAAAUAAUAUACGGAAAAUCCGUCCAGCUUCUUUCUUCGUCAACAUGAGCAGAUUGCACAUUGUAGAUAUCUCCCAUAACCGGAUUAACAGUUUCUGUGAAGAAGAUUUAUUCCACUUUCAAGGGAAACACUUCACACUGCUGAAAUUGCGUGAUAUCAAAAUGUCUGAUAUGAAUCCAUAUUGGGGUUCGUGGAAUAAAUGCGGAAAUCCGUUCAAGAACAUGUCUAUGACGGUGCUAGAUUUGUCUCUAAACAGCUUCAGCGUCGACAUGGCAGUGCUGUUCUUCAGAGCGAUCCGAGGAACCAAAAUUCACAAUCUCAUCCUUAAUUUCAGUAAGAACAAUACAAAAGACCCAGACCGAGACACAUUUAUGGACCUGGCUGAGAGUGGCAUUAUGGCUCUGGAUCUGUCCAAAGCUAGCAUUUUCACUCUUAAAGAUUCGGUAUUCAGUUAUAUGCCAGAUCUGGUGGAAAUUUCAUUAGCUAGCAAUUUUAUCAACCAAAUUAAAGAAAAUGCUUUUCAUGGCCUGGACAAUUUAAGAACGCUCAAUCUGUCUCAUAACCUUUUAGAUAAAAUUUAUUCUGAAACAUUUAAGAGUUUAAGUCUUGAGACACUGGAUUUAUCUAAUAAUAGCAUAAGAAAUCUUUCGCCUAAGUCGUUUCAAGGACUUCCCAAACUAGCUAACCUGUUUCUCUCUGAAAACUCCAUACAGUCCCUGUAUACACUGGCAAACCUUCCAUCUCUUAAUGUACUUCACUUAGACAAUAACAGAAUUAAACACGUCCGUGAGCUUCCAAGCCAAGCAAGAAACAUAAAAACCAUUAAUUUGCAGUACAACAGAUUAAGUAAUGUUGAGAACCUUUAUAUUAUACUAUCAGAGUUCCCUAGUAUUGAAAAAAUAUACCUUGGAGGCAACAAGCUUUUAUGGUGUGUCUUUAAUGCUGACUAUUCUGUGUCCCCUUUAAACAGUGUACAAGUUCUUGACCUCCAUAUGACUAACUUGCAACAUAUUUGGCUAAAAGGAUCGUGUCUUGACAUGUUCGACCACCUUCACCAGUUGCAGACGCUUCUUCUUAACAAAAAUUACAUUCAGUCACUUCCAGAAAACAUUUUCAAGGGACUCACCUCUUUGAAUUUUUUAGAUUUAUCCUUCAACUCUCUAACCUAUAUACCUUCUGGCAUAUUUCCUGGAAGUCUGAGGAUGCUCAACCUUGCUUUCAAUAAUCUCGGUUCUGUUGAUCCACAAGCCUUCAGCACCCUGACCCUCAUCAACUUGCAUGGGAACCGGUUUCUUUGCGACUGCGAUCUGAGAGACUUACAGACAUGGUUAAAUGAGACAGAUGUGCAAAUGGAUUCCCCUGCAGAGGAACUGAUGUGUGAGUUUCCUGAAAUGCAGCAAGGGAAGCCUCUUCUGCAUGCUAAACUCUGUGAGGACGUAGAGGACGAGAAGAUGAUUGAGAAGCUGAGGCUCACACUUUUCAUCUGCUGCACCAUACUUAUCAUGUUAACCACCACAGGGCCUAUUACUUUUGUCCAGCUGCGUGGCUACUGCUUCAAGCUUUACAGAAAUGUGAUUGUUAGAUUUGUGGAUGGAGGCCCAAAAGUGGCUGCUGACAAUCAAUUCAUGUACGACGUCUACUUAUGCUUCAGUUCUAAAGACAUCAAAUGGGUGACAAAGGCACUGCUGGAAAAGCUAGACACACAGUUCUCUGAUCAAAAUGAACUGCGUUGCUGCUUCGAAGCACGAGACUUCAUACCAGGAGAAGAUCAUCUAUCUAACAUACAUAAUGCAAUCUGGAAGAGUAAGAAAACGUUAUUCAUCUUGUCCAGAGAGUUCUUCAAGGAUGGCUGGUGCUUGGAGGCCUUCAGUCUGGCCCAGACCAAGAUGCUUGAGGAGCUCCAGGAUGUCUCACUGGUGCUUCUUGUAGACAACAUACCACAUUACAAACUGAUGAAAUACGAACUGGUCAGAAUGUACUUCCAAACCAGGAGGUAUCUCUGCUGGCCAGAAGAUUACCAGGACUUGGAGUGGUUUUACAGCCAUCUUAAACAAAGUAUAUUAAAAGACACCAAGGUCAAGAGUAAAGUAAAAAUAGAUGCUGAUGUUGAAACAAACCACAAAGAUAAAAACUGUGAAGCUGUAACUGCUCUUUGAUGAACAGAUAAAUAAGUAUAUAAAAAACAUAGAAGCAUACACUAAGAAUAUAUUACUAACAGACUGCAAAAUGACUGUUUCUCACUUUACAGAGAGACUAAAACUCCUCUGCCCUGAAGACUUGACAGAAAACUUGCUGAUGGUUGCAAAGCACUGACACUUGAGACUCGAAAUAUAUAAAUAUUAAAUAAAUGCAUUGUUGCGAAUAUCAAUUAAAUAAAAAGACACACCGUUUUAAUCUGU